UUAAUAYUAAUUUCAAUGAUAUCCGAUAUUUGCAAUUUUUAUUCUAAUAAAAAUAUUUUUAUUACCGGCGCUACCGGUCUAUUAGGCAAAGUAUUGAUUGAAAAAUAUUUGCGAGCCUGUCAUGGAUUGGACGGUAUAUAUAUUCUUAUGCGACAGAAAAAAGGAAAGUCAGCUAAAGAACGAUCAGAUGAGUACAUAUCUGAUCCCAUAUUUAGUUUGAAUGGUUUGAAACAGUCCGGUGUUUGUAAUAAAAUCUAUCCGAUCUUUGGCGACACAUCACAACCCGGAUUUGGUAUCAACGAUUCAGAUCGACAGCUGCUAAUCGAUCGGAUCAAUGUUGUCAUACAUGUGGCCGCCACUGUUAAGCUUCAUUCACCGCUACGGUAUGCAGUCGAGCAUAACGUGCGACCAAUUAUCUCGUUGAUCGAGUUAUGCCAUCAAAUCAAACAACUGGAUUGUUUGACAUAUGUGUCGACGACAGCCAUAUUGAAUGGUACAAAAUAUUGCAACGAACGGAUCCAUCCGUUAGAGUUGAUAACUCCAGAACAGGUGAUAAAGGCCUGCGACAACUGUACGGACAAAGAGCUAAACAAAUUGGAAAAAAUGUUUUUCCAUGAGUUUAACAAUACCUACUGUAUAUCAAAAGUAUUGGCCGAACAAUUGCUUCAUCGGGAACGGGAUUGGCUUAGGAUCUGUGUUGUCAGGCCGUCAGCUAUAUUAACCUCUAACGCCGAGCCGGAGCCCGGUUGGGUACAGGGCAUUCAAGGAACGUCAUCAGCCAUACUGGCCAUCGGCAUUGGACUCAUGAAAGUGUUUCCGUCGCGACGACUCGGUGCUCAAGUUGUUAUUCCCGUUGAUUUUGUGGCCAAUGCUAUCAUUGCCGGCGUUUGGUAUUUAACCACAAAAAGUGCUGACAAUAUCCAGGUCUAUCACUUAACAACUAAUAGCGAUUAUUCGCCGUCCAUGCGCUUCAUUAUGAAAUUAGUCCGACAAAAUUCACUGAAGUAUCCAUCAAAACGUGUGAUAAGACCGCCGUACGGACUGGUAUAUCCCAAAAACAAAUUGCAAUUGUUUAUUGAAAUCUAUAUCAAACACUGGAUCUAUGCCUACAUAUUGGACUUCGGGGCCAAACUGUUUGGCGUACAGACAAAGCUGCUUAAGAUUACCAAUAAAAUGAAUGAAACGAUGAAAGAUAUUCGCAGAUUUAUGAAGACAUGUCCCGAGUAUGAGACCACCAAUACGUUUGCACUUAUCGACCAAAUGUCGGUAACUGAUAGACUGCUGUUUUGUUUUGAUAUCCGACAAAUUGAUUGGCAAGUCUACUGCGAAACCAUGUGGUCAGGUCUUAAACGACAUUUACUCAAUGAAGGUCAAGAAGAUGAGGAUGUAAUUAAAGCUAAGAAAAUACUCCAAAAAGUUUCGUUUAAAUAUCAUAUACUAAACACUUGUUGGCUAAUAUUUUUGUCGUUGUUAUUGUAUUUUAUCGGUUAUUUGAUGUGCGAUCUGAUUGGUCUGGACUACUUUUUACCGUCAAUGUCCACAAUAGUGAGUCCAUCGUCAACAAUGGAUUUUGUUAGGAUUGUCAUACUAGUGGUGUCACUAGUAUUUGGCUAUAAUUUUUUCGAUACAAUAGUAUUGUAAUAACAAUAUCAAUCAAAUUUAGUAAUUUACAUAUUUUUUUUGUUGCAAAUAAAAUAACCCAAAAUAUA